AGCAAGUUUUGUGGUUGUGUGCCUCUAUGGUUGUGUGUAUGGUAGAAGGAUAUAGAAAGUUUUGCCCUUUAUUGAGGGUGUCGGGGGUGCGCUGAGAAAAGAAUUAGUUUUAUAACAUUGGAGGUGGCGAGCUUCAUGAGUAACAACAAUGAGCAAAAUGGCCGUCAGCCGCCUUUGCCGCAACAGUCGGCACCAUCAUCAUCAGUAGCUCCAACAGACCCACGGCUUAGAAAUGCUUCGUCGACGGAUCCACAAAACAAGAGAUGCCGCAACUUUGUCUGGGGUAUUUGCAACAAAGGAGCUCAAUGUAGAUUCCGCCAUGAAUUAGAUGUGGAAUACAUGAAAGAAAUCCUAAAGUUCUGUCACGAUUACCAGAACAGGACAGGGUGUAUGAGGCCAGAUUGUACGUAUUUGCAUACUUCCAGAGAGGAGGAGAACCUUUUUCUGACUACAGGGCAGUUACCAAGAGUAUUGGCUGAAAGAUAUGCAGCGAUGUCUUCCGCCCCCAAAAACAUGUAUAUGAGCGAGUACAUGGUGCAAGCACCGCCACCCCCUCCUCCACCGCCGCCGCCUCCACCGACCUCAGCGGCGCCUCCGCCGCCGCCGGCAGUCGUGGCGCCGCCGCCUCCACCCCCAGCACCGCUGCCCCCGUUACUGGCGCCGCCACCUCCACCGCCGCCGCCCACUGCUGCCACUGCGCCUGUUCGCAUGACUCCACCCAUAUUUUCAGCUCCACCUCCCUUCCACACAACCGCUUUGUUUUCUGCAACACAGCCACCACCACCUCUACCUGCCAUGUUUGAUGCAAGUAGACCUCCUCCUCCACUGCCAACAAACAUAGCUCCAAACAAAACCGGUGCAUUGAAGCGUGCUGCCGAGCCUGCAGAGGCCGGGCCAAGCAAAGCGAGGAAAGCGGAGUGCUCCAAUGUAGUUGACAGCAUCUGCGAAAACUGUAUCCAGCGGGAACUCAGGAUCGAGCUGUACCGACAGGAAAUGCAAAAGUUGGAGUGCGAGAGGGAAUAUCAAACAUAUAGGUGUGAAAAAUCUCUGGAAGAACUUGAAAAUGAGCGUUUGUUUUUGAAGUCAAUGGUCAGUCCGGAAUUGUUUCGCAUAUUGGAUGAUUAUAUAGAGGGGUCGUCUCAACAGGCGCAAGCACAGGAUCCACUUUCCCAGUUCAGCCAAGCUGCAUCGUUCGUUUCUGGUACAUCUACCGUGCCGAAACAGUUCCUACUUCAACUGAUGGAUUACGUGUUCAGUAACCAAAGAAACGUGGUGGAGCCCGCGCCUGCACCUACUACAGGAGUGGAAGAGUCGCUGUUGCACUCCCUGACUGCACUGACCAGGAGGUCCAAUCCUGUCACUCAUUCAUCUACGGAAGUACUACAAGCCGUUUUGGAAGUUAUUCGGAAAUCUAACGCGCUGAAUACGGAAAAAACUCAAGCAAACGAAUCUCGCGCAAAAGAUACAGCAGUGGCAGAUCGGAGUAGACCGAGCACUAGUAACGUAAACAACAGUGCACCGAACGGGUUCAACCAUUUCGUGAACGGGCACAAAGGGGAGGCUGCGGCUCCAGCGGGCGUCCCGAGUGCCAGCAGAUACCCGAGCGCAACGAGUGUCGCGGUGCGGACGUACCCCAGCGUGUCAGCGGGCGGCGCAGCUCAUCAGUCGACGCCGCCGCACGUGUCCGGCGUGACGCAUCCCGCGCCGGCGCCGCUCCCGCCGAGUGCGGCGCCUCCUCCCUCCGCCGCGCCGCAUCCCCCGGCGGUCCGCGCCGCGCCCGCUUAUGUGCCUUAUCAAGCGGCCGUACCGCCGCCACCCACUCGCGGCUACUAUCCGCAGCCGUACCCGACACCCUCGAACCAUGUACCGAACGUUCAGCAGACGUACCCGAACUCUCCCAUACGAGUGGGUGUAACUCAAGCACCUUCGCGGCCCUCCACUUCGGCGACGGCACCACCCGUGCAAAGCGCACAACAUUAUAAUCCGUAUGUUAUGGGCAGAUACCCUCCUCAGCCGCAUCACUAUCCCCCAUUCCAAUAAAUCUGACGAGGUAUGUGUACUGCCACUGAUGACGAAGCUCCAAAUGCGAAUUUUUAUAUAUGAACUUAUGAUCUCAUGCUGAUCUUAAUGAUUAAUUUUUACACUAUUAUGAUUAGUAAUUUUUACACUAUUAUGAUUAGUAUUUUUUACACUUUUAUCAAUUAAUUUAUGUGUUGAAGAGGCCAGAGUAGCAACGAGAAUAAUGAUUUUAGGUUUAAAAAAUGAGAUGAGCCCAUCGAAUGACAUUGUUUUUAAUGGUUUUGCAUCCUUCCGUGUAUUUUACUAAGAAUGUACCGUUUUAAGAUUACAUUUUACUGGUCACGAUAAUAAUAUCUUAGAUAAAGGAUCUUUCCUACGCUAAAAAUAUUAUUUUUUAUGAACCAUGUAAUUUAUGUGACAAUGUUUAAUUACGAUGAGUAACGAAAAUAAUGAGACUGAUUUACUAGUUUGUAAGAAAACUUAUGCUAUUUGCGAAUUAUUACUGCUACUGCUUAUGUAUUAUUUACUGAAAUAAGUAUUGUGAAAAUUGUGAUUUUAUAAUGAUAAGGAAUUUAACGAUAGAUGUAAGUUACCGAUAAGUUAUCCCGUUUACAAAAUGAACUGUACAGAGUUAUUGAAAAAUAGUCAUCUCAAAUAAAAAUGUUGAUAUUAAACUGUGAUAUAUGAUAUAUUUUGUAGGUAUCUCAUAAACCUGAGACAAAGAGAGUCUGAUUAGGCUUGUUGUGAUAUAAUGUGCAUUUUAAAAUGUUAAGUGACUGCAAUAUCUGCCUUUGCGAUGGUUAUUAUAUUAACAAUAUUUGGAACCUAUUCCUUAGUUAACACUAUUCAAUGCUACGUCAUCUUGAAAUUCUUAUUGUGCUGCCCGCCCACGACCGAUUAAUCGGUGACUGAUUUUAUGUAGUACAACGUCCACGUCAAUGACCUACAAAACGGCGGUCAGGAAAUCCUAGCUAGUCCUACUAUCGCUCCGAUUAUCUGUCCUAAAAUAUGUCUGUCGUGGGUGGGCAUUUGUAGUCAAACAACUUACCAAAUAUCGGUACGAACUAUGAUUUUUUGUUCCCUGACAAUAUUAUUAUACCGAAGAUUUUUAGCCUUAUAUGCCAUUUAAGGGCCUUAGUGACAACUGCUGAAAGGCGACGUUAUUAGUUUAAGUAGUGUAACGAUUUACUUUCCUCUUUAAGGCUCUAGACAGACGGACUGCAUUUCGACUACAAUUUGCAGUUCAAGGGCAGUUUGAAUGCAGUUGAUACGACUGCAAUAGAACUGCAAAUCAAGUUCAGAACACGACUGCACGCAGACUGCAUCCCAACUGCAAUCGGACUGCGCGGUUGGUUUGCGGUCUGCAGUUCUAUUGCAGUCGUGUCAACUGCACUUAAACUGCAUCCGAACUGCAAAUUUGCAGUUGGAUUGCAGUCCGUCUGUCUAGAGCCUUAAGGAAAAUUCGACUGAGACAAUUUUUAUAUUAGAUAAGAUUCUAGAGAAUAUUAUACGCUGUGCUAUGACGAGUGUACCUGAUAUUUGUACCUGAAAUACAAAAUAUAUUUUUUAAUUGAAAUGAUA